AUGCCUGUUCAGAUAAGCUUCGGAAUACUUACUGUCAGCGACAGCAGUUAUGCGGGUAAAGGCAAUGAUUCAUCAAGUCCUAAAUUAAAAGAAGAAAUAUUAAAGGAGUUUCCAUCUGCCGAAAUAAGCGCAAUAAAAAUCGUACCAGACGAUUUGCAGGAAAUUAAAUCGACUCUAACAGAAUGGUUCGACUUGAAAAUCAACGUAAUAUUCAUAACAGGCAAUUUACCAGACAUGAUCUUCGCUAUGAUCACCAGUAGCUUGAAGAUCAUUCCAAUGGCGAUGAUCUCCAGACCCUUGAGCGGUAUUAGAGACAACACGAUGAUAGUAAAUCUGCCGGGAAGCCCCGAAAUGGUUUCGGAAUGCUUCGGUAUCAUCAAGGAAGCCUUACCCCUCGCUUUGGAGCUCCUAACAGAAGAAAAAAAAUCUGUGGUUUCCGGUCACGGAGCCAUUCUGAGCGACUCAGGAGCAUCCGUUGUCCCAACCACCAGCCUUAGUAAGGUGAAACUGGCUCCAUUAAGAAAAUACUACUACCCUAUUAUCGAUGUUGAAUUUGCUUCUGAUUGUAUUAAGGAUGUUUGUUCUGAUAAAGAGGAAACCACAGAAACGGUGCCUUUGAAGAGAUCGCUGAAUCGAAUUUUAGUAGAAGAUUUUCGUGCUGAAGAAUCGAUUCCUUCAUUUGCAACUUCGAUUAUAGAUGGUUACGCAGUUAAAUCGAGCAAUGGCAAAGGAAUACGUGUUGUGAAGAAUGUCGCAACUGCAGAAAAUAAGCCAAUCGAUAAAGUUCUGCAGUCAGGCGAAGCGAUAAGAAUAUCGAGAUCCAAUUCCUGCGGGAGCAGACACAGUGGUACCAUUGGAAGAUACAUCAGUAGUUGAAUAUUCGAUGGAUGGUUCUGAAGUAAUUAAGGUGAAAAUCAAAACAACACCCGACUACUAUGAAAACAUAAGAGAAAUCGGAAGCGACGUAUUGAAGAAUUCUUUGGUUUUAAAAAAAGACGAACGUAUCAAACAUUUCUCUCUUGGAGUUUUAGCCAUGUUAGGAAAAACAAAUAUUUUGGUUUAUAAACGCCCUUCUAUAGGAAUCAUAUCAAUUGGCAAUUAUAUUUGUGAACCUAAAGAAGAACUAGCCCCUGGCAAAAUCAGAGAUGCAAAUAGAUUCACCUUAAUUAAUUUGCUUAAAAAUUUCCAUUAUGAAGCAAACGAUUGUGGUAUAGCUAAAGACAAUCCUGAUGCAAUAAAGCAUGCUCUUGAACAAAGUUUUACUUGUAACGAUGUUAUUAUAACGAACAGUUUAAUGGGAGAAUUGGACAUGUUGAAACGGGUCCUCGUCGAAGAUUUUCAAGCUACUAUACAUUUUUGCAGGAUAAAGAUGAAACCCGGGUAAGUCAAAGUUUCGUAACUUUAAAGAUUUCAAUGAUUAAAUGAUUAUCAUUGUAUUAUAGAAAAUACAUUUUCCUGUGCAAUAACUUGUGUAUUAUUCGUUAUUCCUGCUCUACUGGAAAAAUCUCUCAACGAACGUUUUGUACUUAUUUCUAUAUCACGAAAUGCAUUUGAGCGUUCGUUACCACAUAAUAAUGAUGAUUGUCCAGAGUAUCGACUAGUUAAAGUAAAUAGGACUUUGACUGGAAUGACAACUGCAGAGGAAGUACCAGGCGUAUUAAGUAAUUUAGAUAAAGCAAACGGUUUACUUAUAGUUGAGCCAAAGAAAGAUUACUUCAGUAAAGAUUCAAAUGGAGACUAUCGCAAUCUUUACAGUGUAAUAUUAUUUCAUGAGAAUUAUUAUCAGUGA